GUCGUACCUCUUGUUUCUGUGGCCAAGUUUUGAGCAGAUCUGGUACUCUUCAAAUGCCGCGAGUUCACGCUGCUGUGUUGCCAUCCCGAGGUGCCGGACAUCUCAACCCGAUGCUCGAGCUAUGCCGGCGAAUUGUCCACUGCGGAUUCAGUGUAAGCUUCCUGAUUCCAGAAAACUGUCCCUACAUCCCCACCAGCGAGGAGCAGCAAGAGGGCGAGAGCUUUCACCUCGUGUUCUUCUCGAUGCCGAAGGAAGAAAUCCCCAACAACAACAUGUUUAUGUCCCCGGAGAUGCUCCACUUCGUCAAGCCAGCGCUGGAAGCUCUAGAACCCCCGGCACAGGUGCUUAUCUCGAGCGCAUUCAUGGGAUGGUCCCAAGAUCUGGCCGACUCUCUCGGCAUUCCUCGAGUCGCCUUGUGGCCUUCCAACGCGGCCAACGAAGUCAUUGCUACUUAUCUCCCUCGACUCAUCGCUGAAAGAUACGUUCUUCCUGCCCAAGAAGUUGGCGAUUGCAAGGACGAUGAGAAGCUCAUCACUUUCAUUCCCGGACUUCCACCACUCCGCCCGACCCAACUCCCGGUUUGCUACCAAAACGACUCGAUCGACGCGCGUAUGCAAGCAGUGGCUAUAGCGCGGCUUCCACAGGCGGUUUGCGUUCUCGUCAACACGAUCGAGGAGCUGGAAAUAGAAGUGGUGAGAGCACGGCAGCAAACUCUACGUUCGUACCUUCCAGUCGGGCCUCUCAUACGACAGAAGCCCAUCGUCAACCAUCGCUACAAACGCGAGGCCGCAGCGUGCAUGGAGUGGCUGGAGAAACAAGCUCCACACUCGGUGCUCUACAUAGCGUUUGGCAGCGUCUUUGGCCUCGCGGUGGAAGAGGUCGCGAAGAUCGCCGACGCUGUGGAAGAAACUAGUCAGCCAGUGCUAUGGGCGAUGCGAAGAAACUUUGCUACCAACGCACCUGGAGGAUUCUUCGAGGAGCUCGCGGCGAGGAUAACUGGAGGAGGGCGAGGAUUGCUCGUGGAAUGGGCGCCACAGCAGCUCAUACUGCCGCAUUCUUCCGUGGGAGCGUUCCUCACGCACUGUGGAUGGAAUUCCACGCUCGAGGCGCUGGCGGCGGGCGUGCCGACGCUGUGCUGGCCGGUAGCGGCGGAGCAAAACUGGAACGCGAUGGUACUGACCGAGGAGUGGAAGAUCGGGGUGAAUGUGAGCGGCGGAGAGAUCGCCGGCGCAAUUAGAGCGGUGAUGAGCGACGAGAUCGGCAGCGGCAUGAGAGCGCGAGCGAGAUCGCUGCGAGAGAGCAUCGGUGAUGGCGGCAGCUCCGCGAGAAAUCUCCACUCCUUCGCGCUAGCCCUAAAAGCAGAGCGUGAGAAUGAAGAACCCUAG